AGGAGAGCGUUACGAGCCGGUGCAAGUAGUGCAGUCGACCCUACCGUACGAGGAGAGCGAGACGCAGAGAGCCGCCUACUGGUCGAACAGCACCGGCGAACUCGCGUUCGUCGCCUCGUUCCCUCCACACACCUCGCCUUCGCAGCGCACCACCCGCGCAAGGUUGACGGCGCUCAGCAGCACCGCCAACAGCCACCACACACCGCACGCCAGCCGCCCUCGCCCGCAACAGCCCGGUGGCGCCCUCCGCCAAGCCUCGAGUCCGCCUUACUUUGGCCGCCUCGCACCGCGACCUGUGCCCCGCUCGACCGCACCAGCACACCCCCCCUCGAGCGCCAGCGCCCGCUCCUCCUCGUCCGCCCUCCCGGCCGCCCUUCUCGCGCCCGAUCUCGCCCUCGGCCUCUCGAGACCGGCUUCCAGUCCGCACAAGCUCUCGUCCACAACCUCCUCUCGCAUGGCCGCAGCCGUCAUGCGCGCAAUGACCUUUGGGUCGCCCUCGUCCCGCUCGACGUCGACGGGCGGCGACCCCUCGUCUCGCGGCCGCACCUCGGACCGCGACUCGGCCUCGCGCUCGUCAGAGUCGCGCAGUGCGUCGCGUGGCGGGACCGCGCUCGCGAGGACCCUGUCGGGCGGCGCGAGCGGGUCCGAGGGCGGAGAGAGCCUCAGCAGGACGAGCUCGCGCUUGACGGCCGCAGGGUCGCCUCCUCCCCCGAGCAUCCUCCUCAACUCGACGGCGCCACACUUUUACGCCAACCAGUCGGCCACGUCGUCCAACGCGUCCAACCUCGACCUCCUGUCGUCGACGGCGAGCACGCCUCGUCCUGUCCUGCAGCGCCUGCCCUCGGACGCCUCGUCGGCGUACUCGCAGGUCGGCCCGACGACGCCCGCCUCGUCGACAUUCCCGCUCCCGCCGCCAGCGCACCCCGUCGUCGGCAGCCCGCCCGCGCUCGUCUCGAACGCGAGCGACAGCGGCAAGUUCCCGCGCCAGAGCACGAUCCGCUUUGCGCCGCUGCCCGAGAUCCGCCCUCGCAGCUACUCGACCGGCCGCAACGUGUGGAUCGUCGACGAGGACGAUGGCGAGGGCGAGGGCGGGCAGCAGCGCACGCGCCUCGUCCGGGUCGGGUCCGACGUCGAGCACGACGACGACGGCUACGACGACGACGACGCGUUCGACUUUGCGUCCAACGACGACGACGACGGCGGCGAGGGCCGCUCGACCAAGUGGGGCAGCUGGAGCGACACGCUGUCGAGCGGCAUGUGGGGCCUGACGCCGUCGACGAGCCGGCGCAGCAACCUGUCGGCCGACGACGACGCCGUCAGCCUGUCGAGCAGUGCCGAGGGCGGCACGAGCGUCGGGAGCGGCGGCACGGGCGGCGGCGGCGGCGGGUCCAAGAAGCUCCUCAAGGCGUUCGGCCUCGGCAGCGUCGUCGCCGUCGCCAAGGGCAAGAAGAAGCGCUCGGGCGACGACGACGUCCUCGCGCGCACGUCAAGCGGCGAGUCGCAACUGUCGCGCCGCUCGUCGGUCGACGCCUCGGUCGCCGCAGCGGCAGCGGGCGCAGCUCGGCCCAAGGGCACGACGGGCAUCCCGCUCCGCAAGGCGUCGACGUGGGAGGUCGGCGACGCGCCUAACUCGGCGUCGAACCGCUCGGCGGCCAACAACGGCGGCGGCGGCGGCGGCGGCGGCGAGGGAGGAGGAGGGACGGGCAGCACGGGCGGGCCCGUCUACUACGCCUCGCCGGCGCGCACCAACCGCCGCCGGGCCAACUACCCGCCCGUCGCACAGCGCUCGCGCACGGCGGGUGGCUCGCGCGGCCGGGGCCCGCCCAUCGUGCGCGUCGAGGAGCCCAAGUUCAGCGAGUGGGGCGGCAGCGGCGUCGGGUCGCGCGCUUCGGGCGCCGGCGGUGCGGGCGACGACGACGACGGGAGCGGCAUGGCGUGGAUCAGGAGGAGACGGCUCGAGCGGGAGAAGGAGGCGAGGGAGAAGGCCGAGCGCGAGGCGCGCGAGAAGGAGGAGGAGGGGACCGGCGAGGACGACGAGGAGCGAGACCACGUCGACGACGCCCUCAACCAGCAGCGCGCACCGACACCGCCUCCGCCCAUGGUCACGGCCCAGUCGCUCCCGCUCCCGGGCCAGCUCGAGGCGUUCCGCCGCGGUCGCCAACCCCCCUCGCGCUCGGGCACGCUCGACUCGACCAUCUCGACCGCGUCGACGAUCCGCCCCUCGACCCCGACUCAGUCGCCGUCGACGCCCCCGACGGCCGUCGUCGGCGGCCUGAGCGCGACCCGCCCCGCGCUCGUCAUCGAGGUGCCGAGCCGGCCGAGCUCGUCGACCGCGAGCCCGGACAGCGACCGCGACACGCCCGUCACGUCGCCCGUUGGCGAGGACGACGACGAGGACAGCGAUGAGGAGGAAGACGAGGAGGAGGAGCAAGAUGAGAGCGAGGACGAUGACGAUCUCGACGAGGAGGAACUUGCGCGCGAGGAGGAGCUGGCCGAGGAGGCUCGCCGGUCGGCCAAGUCGAUGGGCGCCGAGCGGUACCACUCGCACCAGCACGAGUGCGAGGUCAAGGUCGUCGCGCCCACUGCGUCGCCCGAGCCGUCGUCGUGAUCCCCCUUCCUGCUCAAGGAGCUGUACCUACUCUUCCCCCCUUCUCGGUGUCCCCCUACUGUAUCGUUCCCGCCGUACCUCCCC